CGCGCGACAGAUUCAGCCAUCCAAACGGUGAAGACGCUGCUUUCAAACAAUCAAUCGCACAAAUGGCAAUAAUAAAAUUUUUAGAGUAAUUCUGGAACGCGAAUCGCCCGACUUAUUCAUGCAACAGCGCCAGUUAUUCGUGAUCUGAAUUGAGUUAAUUUGUUUUUGCAUAAAUAUGUACAUAUGUACUUUACUAAAGAUUUUAAUAGUCGCAGUCAAUUUAUCCACAUUGUGAAUAUACGUACCCAUGCAUAGGCAUAUCGAUAAUUGUUUAAAGUAUAAAUAUUAAUUGUUUAAAAUAUUAAUACUUACAUCUUUUGCUUUACUGUUAAAACACUUUUUACCAACUCUCUCAUAUGACUGGCGGAAAUGAGUAAAAAUUCGCAUUUAGAUUCGAUGAAAAUUCUGUCAGUGAAGCCAUAUCCUCUACCACAAGUACAUAACACCAACAGGCAGGAUACGUCUGUGUGCCCGAGUCCUAAACGCAGUAUGCGCCUCGGCAUUAACGCACGCACUGGCCGCCUGCAAUGGUGUCCUGGUGUAACAUGUUGCAAACUUUUAAUUAUCCUUCCAGUGGUUUUGCUGCCAAUAACACUUGCACUCAUCCUGCUUAUGCGCAUGGACAAUAUGCUGACAGCACUGCAGUUGCAACAAGAACAACAAUUGAUACACCAGCAGCGUUAUUCGCCAUAUCUUAAUGAUUAUAGUUUUAAUUUGUUACCUAGUAGAAGCGAUAUGAUCGAAGAUAUUGUUAACGAACAGUUCAUACUACCAGUUGAUACUUAUAAAAAGGAACAGAGUGAACAGGAGCGUUUAAAACGCUGCAUAUCUUUUAAGUUUGGUCUCAGCGAGACAACGGAAGUGGAAGACCGCGAUAUUAUGAAAGACGCAAGGACAUCUUUUCUACCACAAGAUACCACCGCAAUACCCCGCGAAUGCCUGAAUAAACUUAGCUCCAUCAAAGUUGAUGCAAAUUUUGUAAAUGAUAUUAUUGACCAGAUGCUACGUCGGCGUUCACGUCGCACCUCCGGUGAUAAAAUUGUAGACGUGAAAUUUGGACCUAACUCAGAUGAAAGAACUACACGCAAUGAGAAUUUAGAUUCGGAUAAUGAAGAAUCUGCUAAUGCGCAGAAUCCACUUAAUGCCGAGGACUCCCGACUUUUUGACUCCACUUCUGCAUUGCAGACAUUUUGGAAAGAGGAGGGUACUAAAGAGAGUAUACGUGAAACUCAGGCAAAGACAAUGCGGAAGUACAUGGAUACCACCGUUAAUCCUUGUACGGAUUUUUAUAGAUAUGCUUGCGGCAAUUGGGAGCGUUUGCAUCCCAUUCCGAAAGAUAAGGCUGGCUUCGACACAUUUGAAAUGUUGCGUGAAAAUCUAGAUGUUGUAUUAAGGGAGCUAUUAGAGUCAAAACGAACCGCGAAAUUGCCGGAGCCUCACAAAAAAGUGGUAGAUAUUCAACACAAUAAUUACGAGCAUGACAUUGAAACACAUGCUGAUAUAAUUAAAUCCGGCCCAUCAGUACCCGGUGCAGUGGCUGUGGUUAAUGAGAAAUUGGAUGUGUCCAAAUCUUCAGAUCAAGGCCAACUAAACGAGAAAGCUAUACGUCUUCGGCGACAUAUAGUAGAACACAGGGAAGCCCUGGGCUUAGUGCUACGUCGUUACAAACGUCAACAGGCCGCAACAAAUAAAAGAAAGCGUUUGAUUACACUUUUCAGGUUGGGUAACCUUUCGUCCGAGGAUAACAGGAGCACCACAUACGUGGACACUGACGAUGCACAACUAAAAGCAAAAUAUCUCUAUCAAUCGUGCAUAAAUGCUAAUAUUCUUCAAAAGCGUGGCAUUAGACCACUUCUAAAAUUAAUAGAAAGUCUCGGCAGCUGGCCCGUACUAAAUCCAAAUUGGAACUCAGAAGGUUUCGAUUGGCUCAAUUUAACCGCCCAGCUGCGACGCUACAACAAUGAUAUUCUGAUUGUUGAGUGGGUAGGCCCAGAUAUUAAGAACUCCGACGAGAAUAUCAUUCAGUUCGAUCAGACCAGCCUUGGAUUACCCACACGUGAAUAUUUCUUACAAGACGUUAACUCGCGCUACUUGACGGCUUAUCAGUUGUUCAUGUCUGAAAUAAUGCAAAAGUUGGGUGCGCCGCGUGAUCGUGCCAUUAAAACAGCUGCAGAAGUGGUGGAAUUCGAAACACAGCUAGCCUCAAUAACAGCACCCGCAGAGCAGCGCCUAAAUGUAACCAAGCUGUAUAACCGUAUGACUCUCAAUCAACUCCGUCAGGCGGUACCGGAAAUAAAUUGGCUACGCUACCUUAGCAUUCUGCAGGAUCGCAAUGUCAGGGACUCUGAAGAGGUGGUCAUUUAUGCACUAGAUUAUAUGAACGAUCUCGUUCGAUUACUGCGAGCAACCGACCCUGCAACUGUGUCUAAUUAUUUACUAUGGCGUUUCGUGCGCCAUCGCAUCAACAAUGUCGAUGAUCGUUUCGAGGAUACCAAACAAAAUUUUUAUCAUUCUCUAUUUGGACGCGAAGAAAGCCCUCUACGUUGGAAAGUCUGUAUUGCGCAGGUAAAUAGCAAUAUGGGCAUGGCCUUGGGUUCUAUGUUUGUGCAUAAAUAUUUUGAUGAAAAUAGCAAACGCGAUACCCUCAAAAUGACGCACGAGCUGCAACAAGCUUUCCGUGAAAUAUUAAAAAACACAGACUGGCUGGAUUUAAGCACCAAGCACUUAGCGGAACUCAAGGUAAACGCAAUGUCCCUGAAAAUUGGUUACCCAGAUUUCAUAUUAAACUCAAGUCAGCUGAACGAAAAAUAUGCAGGUAUACGCAUUCACCCGGACAAAUACUUUGAAAACACUCUACAUGUACUUCUUCACACGGCGAAAACAGAACAAGUCAAGCUACAAGAAUCUGUCAAUAAGACAGCUUGGCAGACAGCGCCUGCAAUUGUAAAUGCAUACUAUAGUCGCAACAAGAACCAAAUCAUGUUUCCAGCCGGUAUACUCCAACCACCCUUCUAUCAUCGCCAUUUCCCACGUUCGUUAAAUUUUGGCGGAAUCGGCGUUGUUAUUGGGCAUGAACUUACUCAUGGUUUCGACGAUAAAGGUCGACUGUUCGAUCGCAAUGGCAGCAUACACAAGUGGUGGACAGACACAUCAAUCAAGGGAUUCGAUGAACGAGCGCGUUGCAUAAUUGCCCAGUACAGCAACUAUACGGUUGGAGAGGUCGGCAUAUCCCUUAACGGCGAGAGCACACAAGGCGAAAACAUCGCCGACAAUGGCGGCUUACGCCAAGCCUUCCACGCCUAUAAAGCCUGGUUGAGAAAUAAUCCGCAGGCCGUUGUUGAUGAGCGUCUUCCAGGGAUCGAUAUGACAGGAGAACAACUUUUCUUCCUCAAUUUCGGACAAGUGUGGUGCGGUGCUAUGCGACCAGAGGCGGUUCGCAACAAACUAAACACAGCGAUACAUAGCCCGGGACGAUUCCGCGUUAUUGGAACUCUUUCGAACUCAAGGGAUUUUGCUAGGGAAUUCAAAUGUCCCGAAGGUUCGCCCAUGAACCCAGUUCACAAAUGUAGCGUUUGGUAGCCAUAAAGGCUAAGAGAAGCCUGAAAGAACUCAAACUUUUAGUGUAAAUAAGAAAUUCGUCAAAGAAAAUAUAAGUGUGUUAAAAAAUUGAAUAUAGGGAAUCGAUUGGAAAAUGUCACAGAACUUACAACGUAUCUGCAACAGUAUACAAGCCUACAAGUGUGGGUUUUCCGCCUACUUUUAACCUCGCUAGAAUGCCCAGUAUUAUAUGACUAUGAACUGAACAGCUAUGGUGUCAAAAGUUAUAAUUUAUAUAAUAUAUGCAUAUCUUUCCAGUUGUUUUAUACGAAUUAAAUAGUGCACUAUUGCGAUAGUUAUACUCGUACAUACCGCUAGAACUAAUGUAUUCUAAUCAAUGCAUCAACCGACACAUAGUUAUUAUAUAUUUAUAUGUUAAUAUAUUUUGUGAUAAACUUAGUAUAAAAACCUUUUAGUAAAAUAAAGAUUUAAACGUCAUAUUGUUUGUUCAUAUCCCUCGCCUAAUAGGUGACACUGACUGAGGCCCUACGUGCACAAAAAAAGUUUUGUUUUAGAAAUUGCCUUACAAAAAGGUUUCAGCUUCAGGGUAUACACUAAACUUUUGUUUUUGUAGACUACUGUAUAUUGAUGCUAUAAGUGUAAGUAGAAAAAAAUGUCUUUAGGAGAAAUCACAAUUUGAUUCUUAAUUGAUUGUGCAAUUAUUUCUAAUUGAUGUUUUGAAAUUUCUUACCCGAUUUCUUUUCUAGAAACUGCACCAUCUGAUCUUCAUAGAUUCAUUGAUAGAUUUUCUUGAAAUGAUAAAAGGAUUAUUAAAACGCCUACGUAGGUAAUUAAAGUGCGACGAAAGUUUACGAUGAGAAUGACUACUCGUAUCAUACGCAUGUGUAACAAAUUUGUUUGUAAUGUAAAUUUUGCAGGUGGCACAAUUAAAUUCGUCAUAUUUGAAAA